AUGCCAACCAUCCUCCUCCUCGGCACCUGCGACACAAAAUGGUCCGAACUACUCUACCUCCACUCCCAACUAACCUCUAACCCCUCCAUCUCCGUCCUUCUCAUGGACGUCGGCCGCGCCGCCACCUCCUCUCCCCUCAUCAGCAUUCCUCAUCCCAGCCUCGACAGCAAAACAAUCGACUACACCCAGCUUUCCCGAAACGACUACAUCCAAUCCAUCACCCAUCUCUCCACCCCCACCGUUGCCGACCUCUACCACAAUGGCAAAAUCCACACCAUCCUCUCCAUCGGCGGCAGCUGCGGCACCACCAUCGCAACCACCAUCAUGCGCGAUGCCCUUCCCAUCGGAUUCCCGAAACUGAUGGUCUCCACCAUGGCCUCCGGCGACGUGGGUCCCUACAUCCAGGAAACAGACAUCACCAUGAUGUACAGUGUCGUCGACGUAGCCGGCACAAACAGCAUUCUGAACAGAAUCCUUCGCAACGCGGCAGCCGCAGGAACCGGAAUGGCGAUAUCAUACCACGACCAGCUUCAUACCUCUGAGUGUAAUAGCACGAACGGACAUGCCCAGAAUGGACACCAGAAGCAGAAUGAGACCAAGCAGGAAACACCCAAGAAAACCAAAAUCGGCAUCACCAUGUUCGGCGUCACCACACCCGCCGUAACCCAAAUCCGCACCUACCUGGAAUCCCACCUCCCGGAUGCAUGCGAAAUUUACGUCUUCCACGCCACCGGCUCCGGCGGAAAAGCCAUGGAGAGACUAAUCCGCGAACAACAACUCGACGCCGUCGUGGAUUUGACCACCUCCGAGAUCGUGGAUGAGCUCGCCGGCGGGGUAUUGUCCGCCGGACCGGGACGAUUAGACGCCGCGGCGGAGAGGGGCAUCCCGCAGGUGGUGAGUGUGGGGGCGUGCGAUAUGAUUAAUUUUGGGACGAAGGAUACGAUUCCCGAACGGUUCAGCGGGAGGAGGAUCUAUGAGCAUAAUCCGACGGUGACGAUUGUGAGGACGGAUGAGGAGGAGAAUCGACGGAUCGGUGAGUUUAUUGUGUGGAAGUUGGGGAAGGCGAGGUGUCCGGAGAACGUGGUGGUUAUGUUGCCGACGGGGGGAAUCAGUAUGAUGGAUGUUCCGGGGAAUAAUUUCUAUGAUGGGGAGGUAGAUGAAGCGUUGUUUGGGACGGUGGAGAAGGGGUUGGAGGGAUCCGGGGUGAGGGUUGUGAGGUGCCAGGGGGAUGUGAAUUGUAGGGAAUUUACGGAUAGUGUAGGGGAGACGUUAUUAGGGUUGUUGAAAGAGUGUAGUCAGUAA